AUUAAUUUUAAACAAAUUAAAAUUAAAUACUUUUCUCCACAAGAAAGAUUUCCCACUUUGUUGUUAUAAUGGAGACAAUUCUAAAUGGGUUUGUCCCAAGGGAUCACUUUUAGCCACGAGGGGUUGCUGGAAGCAUUUAAUUGGAUCCAAAAGUGUCUAAUCCAAUCCAUAGGAAACACGUUAAUAGUAAGAGCAAAUCAAAAGCACCCUUUUGGAUAUGAAUGAUACAGUGUAAUCAUAAUAAAUCCACUGCAAUCUAAUGCCAAGAUUCUCUAUAUCUUACCAUGUUUGAAUACCAUCAUCAUUCAACGACCCAUCUUUCUUCCUAAGUCAAUACUAUAUCAAGUCCUACAAAUCACUUUGUCUCAUUGUUUUCUGGUUUUGGAAAUCAUAGAAUGUCUUUCUGCACCAAUCUUGAGUAACCAAAAGCCUGGUUUGGAAGCACAAAUAUUGAGAAAAUAUCCAUCUUUUGACAUUUCAGACAAACUAUAAUAUUAUUCUUCAGAAAAAUAUAUGAAUGCUUUACAUUUUAUCAUGUCAAAACUCAAAAUAUGUAUAUUUUGAGCAGAGAAAUUUGGUAUCUCAAAAUGUGCUUGAUGUUUCUAGCAAUCGACAAGGUUCUGGUAAGCAAAAACGACCCUAAGUGAAAUGUAGAACCUGCAAACAUCAGCACAAGCACUCUGACGCACAACUUAUGAGUGUAGGAAUGUAUGAAAAUGAACAUAAUUAGUUCCAUACCUUUAGAUAUAAAGUGUAUUUUAUAAUAAUAGUUAAACAUUUAUCAUGAGUCACAUGCCAGGACAUGUUUGUAACUGUAGAUACAGUGCAUCUUUUUGUUUGGUGUCCAUGCUUAACAAAUAUUAUAAAAAAAAUCAUCUGUAGACACUUAAACUAUAAGAUGAUUCUUUAGGAAAACUAUAAAAACAUCAAACUUUAUGCAUCAUUUUAUUAGUGUCUGUGCAUCCAUCAUGUGUACAGAAUUAUGUUUCCAUGCAUAAUUGUUAAUAGUUCCUAAGGCCAUGGCAUAUGCAUGCAGCUCUUGUGAACACACUAAUGUAUUCAUAUCUGAAUUUGACAUAUUGUAGAGCCGCUAAAAGCGUCUAUAUGGUUUGUACUUUGACAAAUAUGCUUUCUUUGCUUAAGCAUUUAUUCUAGAUGCAUAUUUUGACCAAGUAUUUAGUCAAAUCUUUUCACAGAAGAAAGAGAGUUCCAUUCAUAACGGAAUGUACAAACUCAUUGUGGUUGAGAUGCUUCCUUACCAGCCUGUCUUGCUGACUCUGAAGGCAUAUUAUAAUUAGGAAGUGGGAAAAAAUAAUGAAAAAAGUAUGUUCAACAUCUUCAUCUUGCGUUAGUCUUUCUGCCACACAAUUCUUGUUUUCUUUUGAGCAAUUUUUCCCUCCCUUUUAUAUCCGAAUUAUACCCAUCUUUUUAUUUGUGCUAACUACGUGAAGUAAUAUCUUUCACAAGAGGGUGAGAAAAAGUGUAUCCACUUUUAGCGACAGAAUUGGUAUCUUUGUAGAUCGCCUUUUAUUUAUAGCCUUUUCAAUAGGUCAUGGUCAUAGACACAUAUGUUAGCAGAUUAUCAUUCAGUUUAAGCCAAUCAUUAAUUUCCAAGAAUCACUCUUUUAUAGAAUUUAAUUUCUAUGCAAGAUCGAUUUAAUUUAUACAGUAAAUUAAUCGAAAAUUAGGAUAAAUAUAACUUUUAAGAUAGUUAGUGUAAAAGUCAACACACUUAGCAUAUUUAUAAUUUGUGAUUGAAAGAUAUUAUAAAAACUUGUUAUAUUAUCUGAGCAUGAACUAUUUACUCUAUUUUUAUAUCCUAAUGACUCUACGCAAAGCACCAACAAGUUAGUUCUGCUUUAGCUUUAUGCUCUAUAUCUUUGUUGGCACUUCUCCACUUGAUUGAUAAAAAUAAUAGACUUGUCUUAUCUAUACUCUGUCUUAUACCUGUCUUCUGAUUUAAAGCUUCUGACCAAACUUCUACAUAUAUAUUAAAUAUCCCAAAACCUUGGUGGCAGCAUACCAUAUCUCUUCUUCACAUCUUAAGACAUAAUGUCUAAGCCUGAAUAUGUUGAGCUUCCUAUUUUAGACAUUUCUCAGCCAUUACAGCCAUCUUCUCUAGCCUCUCUCUCUAAAGCUUGCAAAGAUUGGGGAUUUUUCCACAUAAUCAAUCAUGGAAUCUCCAAAGAUCUUUGCAGCCAGAUGCAUUAUUUAUCCAAAAUCCUCUUCAGCCUCCCUUCUGAGGCUAAACUUAAACUUGGUCCUUUCUCCUCUAUAAAGUCCUACACCCCUCACUUCAUUGCUUCUCCAUUCUUUGAGAGCCUCAGAAUUAAUGGACCAGACUUCUAUGUUUCAGCCAAGAGUUCUGAAGACAUUCUCUUUGACAAACAGAAUUACAAAUUCAGUGAGACACUCCAGGAAUAUUGUAGUAAGAUGGCAUACUUAUCUGAGAAAAUUCUAAAGCUUGUGUUGAUGAGCUUAGAGGAUGGCUUUGAGAAGCUGUUUUAUGAUUCUGAAUUUAGCAAGUGUCAUGGCUACUUGAGGAUAAACAACUAUUCUGCUCCAGAAAGUUUGGAGGAUCAAGUUGAGGGGCUUGGAAUGCACACUGAUAUGAGUUGUAUCACAAUCUUGUAUCAAGAUGAAAUAGGAGGGCUUCAAGUGAGAUCACAUGAAGGAAAGUGGAUAGACAUAAGCCCUUCUGAGGGGACCCUAGUGGUGAACAUAGGGGACAUGAUGCAAGCUUGGAGCAAUGAUAAGUUAAGGUCUUCUGAGCAUAGAGUUGUUCUGAAGCAGCCUGUGAAUAGAUUUUCCUUGGCUUUCUUUUGGUGCUUUGAGGAUGAGAAGGUGGUGCUGGCACCAAAUGAAGUUGUUGGAGAAGGAAACAAGAGGACGUACAAUCCAUUUGUGUGCUCAAAUUACCUGAAAUUCAGAGAGAACAAUCAGAAAGGAAGGUUUGAAAAGGUGGGGUACACAGUUAAGGAUUUUGCAGGGAUCAAGUCUCAACUGUAAAUGGUUACAAAAGUGAAAAUCAAUUCAUCAUAAAUAAUAAUAAUCUGAGUCUGAUUAGAUCCAAGUUUAGAAAAAUUUUCAAAAUUUUUUUUAUUAAAAAAUAAUUGAAAGUUCUUUAAAACUUGUAUCUAAUCAGGCUGCUGUGAGUUGCAUUUAUGGUGCUCUUAUUUGUGAAACUGGUAUAUAAAAUAAAUAGACAGAAAUACUUUGUUGCUCUUCAAAUGUGCAUGUUUGAAAAUUUUCCCUUUUUUUUUUUA